AUGAAGCGGCACGCAACUACAGCCACAUUAACGAUGAAUGGUCAAGCAAUGCAGCCGCCACAUUUCCAGGUGCUGCCCAUAGAUGAGCACCGCGACGAAAUCGUGCGCACCAUUCGGGAGUGCUGCCCCGAGGUACAGUCCGGGAGGUCUUUGGACACUGCCGAGGUUUCCAGGCGCCGCGUCACUUGCAUCCAGGGCGAGACGGGCUGCGGAAAAAGCAGCCGCGUGCCGCAGUAUGUCUACCACCUCUGCCGGCCCCCACCGAAGCGCACGGGCGAUCCUGAGCGUCUCAUUGUUUGCACGCAGCCGCGUCGUUUGGCGGCCAUCUCGCUUGCACAGCGCGUGGCCAAGGAGAUGGGCGAAUCUAGCGUUGGUGGCGUUGUCGGCUUCCGCAUUGCAGGUGAGAGCGCCUUCGACGCUCGCCGCACGCGCUUGCUGUUCGUGACGGCUGGCUACUUGCUCCAAGUACUGGUCCAUGAUCCAGGGCAGAUUCAUCGUUAUUCUCACGUGAUUCUGGAUGAGGCACACGAGCGCUCCGUCGAUGCAGACCUGCUGUCGCUGGUUCUCAAGCUUCAGUGCCUCGGCUUUUCGAUAAUGCCUGAGGCUAACAUCCCCUCCCCGCCCGGUCGGGGCCAUGCCGCGCCAGCUGCAGAGGGCUCGCAGAAGGUCCAGGUGAACCACGCCGCAGAGACUUCGAUCAUUUUGCGCUCUUUCGCCGGUAUCGAAUCGCGGCUGGAUGAACUCGCCGAGCAGGUGGAUGCUUGCCUGCAGGAGCUGUUGGGAUUGAAAAAGGCCUCCUCCUAUCGCUACAAGCGGUCAAGUCACCGCCAUCGGGACACCGUGCUCCCCGUGAUCCCUUCGGAUCGCCCCACCCCGGCACCUGAAUCGGAGCCCGUCUGCCUCCUGCACACGCAGCAGCCGGGAAGUGUGCCCCGUUCUCCCGCGCCGAAGCCAAGAAGUCGCUCAUCCUUCUUCUCCUUCGGAUCCGACAGCACAGUGUCCGAUGUACAGUCGAGGAUGUCUACGAUCAGCAAUGCCGGGUCCCUGCGCAAUGAGAUGGUGUCCUUCAAGGAAGACAAGGCUCAGGUGGUGGAGUACACGCCUCCAGAAUGGAAGGACAAGAAGAGACGAAUCAUUCAGCCGGUCCGCAAGGUGGAUCUAAAGAUCGCCUGGCAGAUCCAUGCAAAGGAACUGAAGAAGCAAGCCGCAGCAGAUGAAGAAACACGGCCCAUCAUGCGCCUGAUCUAUCGCAGUCGUUGCGAUCACCUUUGGGAGAUGUUGGACGACCCGGAUUCUAGCAUGGCCGCCUGGGCGGUGUCGCAGUUCUUGAAGGUCUUGGUGCUGGUCAGCGUCGUCGUCUCUAUGCUGGCAACGACACAAGAGCCGCUUGUGGACGUCUCCAGCUCGGCGGUGCUGGAGACCUGCUUCGACGUGAUCUUCGUGAUGGAGUUCCUGUGCCGAUGCAUCUCCUCCCCGUCCAAGAGAAUCUACGUCCAAGAUCCCUUCAGUUGGUGCGACAUGCUCGCUGCGUUGGGGUUGCCCCUCCGUGCUAGCGUGGGCUUCGUGCUGCAGCCGUUAUCUUCGUUGGAGGCGCCGACCGUGCAGCAGGUGCUCUUGCUUCUCUUCCUACCCAUCUUCCGAUUCUUGAAGCUGCUGAGGUAUUUUGAGUCCUUCCACCUGCUGGUGGAUGCAGGGAAGAACUCCAUCGCUGCACUGCCGGUGCUCUUCUACACCAUGGCGGUGAUCACUCUGCUAAGCUCCUCUGCCAUCUACCUCGUAGAGUCCAGGGACAACAUCCCCAGCCUCCCGCACUCCAUUUGGCUGGCCUUGGUGACCAUGACGACGGUCGGCUAUGGGGACUAUGCGCCAAAAUCGACAGGUGGCUAUUUUGUGGUUGCGACGCUCACCGGUGUCAGCGUCCUCUUUCUGGCUCUACCCGUUGGUAUCAUCGGACACGUCUUUACUGCCUGCUGGGAGAGCCGAGCACAAGUUCUCUUGAUGAACAGAGUGCGGAAGUGCCUCGUGAAGUGGGGCUACACCAUCAAAGACCUGAAGAUUCUUGUGGAGUAUGUGGAUGCAGAUGGAGACGGAACAUUGAAUUUGCCAGAGUUCAUCGAGCUGAUCCGACAGAUGAGAAUAGGACUUACCUCGGACAGUGCCGUCGAUCUCUUCAUGCUUUUUGAUGACGACCACAGCGGAUUAGUCGACUACAACGAAUUCCUUCGUCACAUCUUUCCGGACCAGUAUGUGGAAUACAUUCAGGACAAGCAGCAGGAGGACGAGGAGAUGCGAUCAUCGAGCAAGCGCGUGAGCGAAGCCAUUCAGCGAUGGGAGCAGGUUCGCAACUCCGUCUUCAGCAACGGCUCCAAGCAUCAGUGA